AUGGCUUCCUGCCAUGUCCGGUCAGUAAGUUUGCCUUCUCAAGCUUCUCAUCCUCUAGCUUUCUCAAUCAUCCAACAGCAAUUGAAUAAGCUCAAGGCAAAUCCUGGACCAGGUGGAUUUAUUGGACACAAUAUAAUCACCCUUGAGUCUUUGUCACAUUGCAUAGACGACUUGCUUCUGACCCAACUUUCUGAACACCACAUCUCCCCUGAACCUACCACUAGAUUUGCUGUCGAAAACUUGUUAGAUGCGUCGAUCAAGUUGUUGGACAUGUGCAGCUUAGUACGGGAUGUUUUGUCACGAAUGAAGCAGUCGAUGCAAGAUCUUGAAUCAUCUCUCAGGAGGAGGCGAUCGGACUCAUGCCUGUCCAGCCAAGUUGAUUCAUUCUUGGUCUGCAGGAAAGGGAAUAUGAAGAUUAUGGAGAAGAGGCGAGGGACCAUGUCGUCGGAGAAGGGCUCCAAUAUGGCUGGAGAUCUUGUUAGCUUAUUGUGGGAAGUUGAGGAAAUAUGUGUUGCAGAGUUCAAGACCCUUUUGUGCUUUGUUUCUGCACCAAGAAAACAACAUUCCUCCAUGGUCUCAAAGCUGAUGCAUUCAAAGAAGGGGGUGGAGAGAGGGGAAAUUAGUGAAACAGUAGUAGAGAAGAUUGAUGCUGAAAUGUAUGCCAUCAAGUCAAGCAAAUUAGCCAAUGCAGAACAAAUUCAUGGCUUGUUCAGAGGACUUAAGGGGUUUGGAUCAAGAUUAGAGGAAGCAGAGGUGGGAUUGGAAGGUCUUUUCAGAAGGUUGUUGAGAAUAAGAGUUUUGCUUCUCAACAUUCUCAGCAAUUAG